CCGCCCGCGGCGCCGUGCUGCAUGCCAAACCGCUGGGUCCUCUCUGUGAUCCCUUAAGUUCGAGUUCCCCGUCAUUCCGUCGCCAUCUAAACCAUCCUCGGGAUCCUCCUCCUGGGCGCCCGCUGGUCCCUCGCUGGUCCCUGGCCCAUCUGAUCGGUCCGCCCUGCGUGUUUUAUCCGUAGACAGUGCCUGAUCCGUCGUCGUCGGUGCCCUGCCCUGCCACAUUUGCCUCAAGUGACCGCAGCCACCGUGUCACGACCCCCGGGCCUACAUCCACUGCAGCCAACAACGGAGUCCUCACGACUAGUAGUGGCUAGCAAUACACCGCAUUGCGGUAGUGCUGCUAGUUCCGCCGGCCCAACCAAAGCUCUGCAAUCCAUCGACGAGCUGCCACCACCGACUGCCACCUGCCUGUCUGUCGCCUGCUUCUUUCAAUCAAUAUACAUGACACAUCUGCGCUUCUAACCACUGCAUCUUCCUUUACUUCCCUUUCACUCUCUCUCACACAAAACUGCCUGCCGCAAACAGACACUUCACGCAUCAAAGACCACAUCAAACUCGCUCAACUACCGUCAAGCCGACUUCCAUUGCUCGGACCAACCGACACGUCUCUCGGUCCGCCUCACUCAUCACUCAUACUCCGGUAUUCGUCAUCAGCUGCGCACCUCUUGGCCAGGCUUUCGUCCCAGCGGUUAUCUCUCUGCUGGUUUAUCACCUCUGAACACACACGUCAACCGAUCUCACAUUCUUCAACAUGCGUUCCAGAUCAGGCUCAGCGACUUCCAAUAGCUCGAAAGAGCUCGCUGCUGAUAGCAUGGCAAUUCACGUCACUACUGCCGGCGGGAAAGUCAUCAAACUGAACGUCCGACCCGUACAUACCGUCUCCAACGUCCUCGAGUUCCUCUGUGCACCGAAGAACAUCCCCUCAGACGCACGCCUCAUGCUGAAUGGAGAACCGCUCAAUGUGUCGACUACAGUUGGCGAACUCAAAUUAGAAGAAUCAUCAGUCCUACAACUUCAGAGCCCGUCACGCAGUACGACGCCGACGGAUCACUCUGAACCACAACAACCUCCGGCCAAGGAACCAGUCACCGAUAAGCCCGCCCCUACAUCUUCCACUUCAACGCCGACUGCCUCCGGAACCGCGACGCCGACCAAGAGAAAGUCCAACAGACCUCGAUGCUCGAAAGAGGGAUGCAAGGCUCCUGCACAGCCCAUAGUCGGAGACUGUGGAUUCUGUCAGAAGCGAUUCUGCGGCAAGCAUCGGAUGCUAGAAUCCCAUAAUUGCGAAGGUUUGGAGGAUGCUCGGAGAGCCGACAAGGACAGAAACGCCGCCAAAUUGGAAGGCGAACGAACCGUCAUGCUUCGGGGAUUGUAGACGGCAGCGAAUCCCAAACUUACAGUUGCAUAAGCACUGUAACCUCGUCUCGAGUUCUCCGAUCAAGAUGGCAUGGCCACGGUCUAUCCUCUUUUGCUUUUUUUCCUGCUUUCAAGUUGCUGGUUGCGGCGUUUCUCCAGUUCAUGGACGGUAAUCUCGCAUUUCGAGUUUCUGCUUCGGAUUCAAGGGGGGUUGAACAGCAGCUUUCAACAGCGCCCUCGUAAAGGGCCACGGGACUGGGAUACGGAAUCACACCUCGGACUCGGAUGUGUCAAGGAUUGUGCGUUGGGGCGUUUUGUCCCCGUCGUGAAAGGCGCAAGCAAGGCUUCUUUUUGCCUCACCUUUUGGUGAACACAUUAUAUUAGCAGGCUGCAUUAAGCGGUAGCCCGAAUGAAACAAAUCAAAAUAUUGUAAUACCUUAUCCGGCUCUUGGCUUCUUCGUGGUACAUAGGACCGGCUCAUUGCAUUGACCAACUUGAACCUGUCCAACGUGGACUUCAAGGGGUUCAAGUGGUUGCGAUAAGAUACAUUUGCUGGGCGGCAAUGUCUGCCGCGUGUGAUACAAUUAGUCGUAGGAUGAUGGCCACAUCUCACACUCUGCACGGCAUUCUAUUUUGGAACUGCAAGUAUAUGCAAGGAAAUCACUGAUGUUGAGCAGUCUGAAAGGCCCAAGGCAUACAUAGAUUGAAACGCCCAUAGGUAACACAUAAAAUGCUGAAUACCCAUGCAACAGUCAUACUAAAUAAAUACUUAAAUAUCAACUUUGGGGGCAACGUACAGUAUGCCAAAAAAACAAUACAACAACCC